AUGGCUUCAUUUCCACGUUUUCUUACUGCCGCCAUAAUCUUAACCAUACUAUUCUUCGUUUCUCCCUCUAACUCUACUUCCCGAGGCCCACUCCUCAACCACCAACUUACCUACAAAGAAAACACAGGAUUCCGUGUUAGCCUAACGCAUGUUGACUCCGGCGCAAACUUCACCACGUUCGAAAGAUUACAACGAGCCAUGAAACGAGGAAACAACCGUCUAAACCAGCUCAACGGUUUAAUGGCAUCUUCAGAUGAUCUAUCGUCUCUUGUUUAUCCAGGAAAUGGAGAGUUCUUGAUGAAUCUUUCUAUAGGAACUCCCCCGACAGAAUUCAUUGCUAUAAUGGACACGGGUAGUGAUCUGAUAUGGACACAGUGUAGGCCUUGCCAAAAUUGUUAUGAUCAGUCAACACCCAUAUUUGAUCCCCAGGGUUCUUCUUCUUUCUUGAAGCUCUCUUGCUAUAGUCAUCAAUGUGGUGAACUACCUUCCUCCGUAUGUAGAUCGGAUGGUUGUGAAUAUACGUAUACAUACGGUGAUUAUUCCUCAACACAAGGGAUUAUGGCCACGGAAACAUUUACCUUCGGUAAUAUAUCCGUGGCCAAUUUAGGGUUUGGAUGUGGAGAGGAUAAUCAGGGAAAUGGUUUUACCCAGGGAACGGGGUUGGUUGGGUUUGGUCGUGGCCCGCUAUCUCUUGUAUCACAAUUACGAGAGCCCGCUUUCUCUUAUUGUUUCACCUCGAUUUACUCCAUGCAAACUAGUACUCUAUUAGUCGGGCCUUUGGCCUUGAACUCGAUUGGUACUAACGUGUCACGUCAAAAAACAACUCCUAUCUACACUAAUCCAUCUCGAUCUUCUCUUUACUACAUUCACCUUCAAGGAAUAACCGUUGGCACCGUAUCAUUGCCGAUUGAGAGAUCUAGUUUAGCGAUAAGAAGUGAUGGUAGUGGUGGUAUGAUCAUAGAUUCUGGAACGACAGUCACGUACUUGGAGAAUAGUGUUUUUGACCUAGUGAAGGCAGAGUUCAUCAACCAGGUGAAGUUUAAAGUUGAUGAUUCUGGAGUAACAGGGUUUGACCUAUGCUUUGUAGUGCCAAAUGGAACUUUAUAUAUCCAGGUUCCGAGGCUUGUAUUCCACUUUGAAGAUGCGGACGUGGAGUUUCCUGCAAAUAACUACAUGCAGGCGGAUUCUACCCUAGGUUUGAUGUGUUUGAUUAUGGAUGGAUCCAAUGGGUUGUCGAUAUUUGGAAAUUUAAUGCAGCAGAACAUAAUGGUUGUUCAUGAUUUGAACAAGGAGACUAUAUCUUUCAUACCAACUCAAUGUGAUAAGAUAAGAUCAUGA